AUGUACCAUACACUUGAAAUAUCACAGGGAUCAGCAACAUACAUAGCUGCUGAGGCGUUUGCGGAUGGGAUUAUACGACUAGUUCGUUCACGUCAAAUCCAUACGGUGGAGUUACUCUCUGCCACAGAGUGUUACUCUCAAGAACACAAAGAAAGUGAACAUCUGCAAGUUUCGGAAGUUGAAGUUGAAGCAGCAAGAGGAAUAAAAAGAAAUUGCUCGUCAGUCUCGGAUCCUGCUUUUUUGUUGGUAGAAGCUCGUUUAACAAGUGCACUGAACUGGAAACAUGACGCAACAAACAGCAGAAGUGAUGAAAAAUUCUUGGAGAAUAAUGGAUCUAUAUUUACGUACCAAAUUUAUUUUCUUUUACCUAGGAGUACAGCAUCAUCAGGAACACUAGGGAAGGGCUAUACCAAUACUUCUUUCCCUUUUUCUUCAUCAACGCGCACAGUACUUUCAGCGUGGUGGUGUGCCGAUUUACAGCGUCGCUUGGCGAUCUGCUCUGCACUCACGGGGUUCCCAACUUGUUUGUUUGUUUCACUUCUGCCGUACGUGCCGCACCUGACAUGGGAACGAGGACGUGAUGGACUACUCGGUGCGACGCACAGCGCCACGAUGAUGUCAACUAUCACUGAAAAAGAAUUGUAUGAUUAUGACUCCCCAGCCGCACAUAUUCUUCAAGUGGCUUUGUUGCUCAAUGCAAACAUUCCAUUAGGGGCACGUGGCAGACGUAAUACAGCCGUCUUGGUCCUACACGCGGUGGAAGGUGAUGCCUGUUUUGCCAACUCAUCUCUUUCAUUUGUACCAAGUGAGCGAAAAAAACAUCCACGGGAACUAAAGCAGGAUGAAGGGUUACUACCAGAAAAUGAGGCAUUGCAGAAGCAGCAGCAUCAGCAGCAUGGGGAGAGUGAAAAGGAAUGGAAUAAGGAACAACUCUUCUUAACUUUAUCUCGUUUUACUGAAAAACAUAUUAUUCCUUUGCUUUUAUGGCAGGUUGUGUGGUCAAAGCCGUUAGUUGCUGAUGGAGAUGAUAUGGAUGUGUGUGGAAUACGGAAACAAAUGGGGAGUAGUUUCUACUUGGAAGGUACCCUUGACGCACGAAGUGUACAAAGCAUUACUGUUAUUAUCGACGUGCCACUCGCCUUGUGUCGUUAUAUACUUCUCUCUGAUACUUCUUCUGAGUUUGGAUUGGAGAAUAACAUAUUACAACGGCUGGCACAGCGUGUGGCUUACACAGUUGAGGGUGCCCUCUCUCGCCUUGCCGCGGAGAAUAUUGAUUGUUUUGUGCGUCGCCCAACUACAGUGCUAAGUGAAGAGGAAAUGGAUGAAGAAGCAGAGAAUGAUGAAAAUGAGGGAGCUGCAAGAGAAGAAGUAUCUAUAGAGAAAACAGAGCGACGCUCCUGGUUGUUGUUAGCGCAAAGCAUUGCUGAUAGCCUUGCCCAAAUUCUUCGAACUUCAAAAAACCCGGUUUUCAUAGCCGAGGUACAUCGAUUACUAUUGCUACACCAGAAAGAAGAAGUGAUGUCCCUUUCAACCUCAAAUAAUGUGAAGGACGAUAAUAUGGCGGCAACUGCUGCUGGAAUCUGCCCUUCCUCUGCGGCCACAACAGCGGCUAUGCUCCGCUGGGCUGUUGAGACACGCCUUAUGGAGUGUUAA